AUGGAGGACAGGCGGAGCGCAAUGGAACAGAUCGCCGUGGACCCGGACGUGUAUUCGGCCGACGGUCCUUACUACCCGGAUGAUUGGCAGUCGGAAACGACCUCUAUCGGUUCCUCGAUCUAUCGGGGUCUGAUGGAGAACGGUCGACGAUAUCAAAACCUGCGCCACCAGGAUUACUUAAUUCCUUCGGACGAUCAAAUGUUCGAGUCAUACGAAGCUGGCCACUUGGUUGCGCUCGUAUUGGACUCGGAUCGUGAGAACCCUUUAUUCCGUGCUCCCGUCCGCGAUGCGCGGCAGAUUCUCGAUAUUGGAACCGGCAAAGGCAUCUGGGCCAUUGAUGUUGCCGAUAUGUUCCCCAAUGCGACCGUUCGAGGAGUUGACCUCUUCCCGCCUCCGGUUUCUUGGAUGCCGCCCAACUGUGUGUUGGAAGUCGACGACAUCCUCCAGGAAUGGACCUGGCGCGAGCCCUUCGACCUGAUUCACAUGCGUAUUAUGAUCGGCUCUUUCGACCCGGCCGAGUGGGAUCGGGUCUAUAAGCAAUGCUACGACAAUCUGCAGCCUGGCGGAUGGAUCGAACAGCUGGAAGCCAGUCCCCGUGUCGAGUGUGACGACGGCAGUUUGCCCGAGGACAACAUUCUUCACACCUGGGGUCCGAACAUUUUCGCCUGUGGUGAAGCUGCCGGCCGUGAAUGCGACACUCUCGACACAAUGCAUGAAGCAAUUCAGAAGGCUGGCUUUGUGGACAUCCAAGACAUCACCUACAAAUGGCCGAUUGGGCCAUGGGCCCGCGACAAGCGCUUCAAGGAGGCCGGCACAGUCAAUUUCCAUCACUGGAUGUCUGGCAUGGAGGGCUGGUGCAUGUGGUUGUUGACCAAAUUCGGCUCCCCUGAGCCGUGGACCAAAGACGAAGUUCUCGUAUACGUGGCCAAGCUGCGUAAGGAGCUCAAGAACCCGCGGUUCCACAUCUACCAACGCGCCCGACGUGUGUGGGCACGCAAGCCAUUCCCUGAUGAGGUCGAGCGGUCUGCAAAAACGCAGGAAGGGUCUGCCGGAAAGUCAGAUAUCUCUGGUGGGAAGCACUAA